UCUCUUUAGCCCUCAAAACCAUUAGCAUUGGUCAUCAAUUUCCCCAAAAUCUCUCUCUAUUCUCUAACGCUCAACAUUGAGUUUGACCCACCAACGCCCAAAUUCCAAUCUCUUUCUCUCUCUACUUCACCUUCCUUUUUCUGUCACCUAGUCUUCCUCCUUAGGGGGGUUGAUGUUGAGUGAAAACCAGAUAUUUGUUAUUGAUGAUUGUUCAGAUGGAAAAGACACCUAAUUCAAAAUCAAAGGACCGUGCUCAACUUCUGUACAACAAGAACAUUGAGUUGGAAAAGAAGCGACAGAAAUCACUCCAGGCUAAGAUUCCAUCUGAUCCUAAUGCUUGGUAUCAGAUACGGGAAAACUAUGAGGCAAUAAUACUUGAAGAUUAUGCUUUUUCUGAACAAUAUAAUGUUGAAUUUGCCCUAUGGCAAGUUCAUUACAAAAGAAUUGAGGAGUUUAGAGCACACUUCAGUGCCGCUCAACGGUCGUCUGCUACUAAUAGUGGGAGAGCUCCUCUACAACCAGACAGAAUAACAAAAAUACGUGUUCAGUUUAAGGCCUUCCUAUCUGAGGCUACUGGGUUUUAUCAUGACCUCAUUCUGAAAAUUAGAUCCAAGUAUGGUCUUCCUCUGGGGCAUUUUACUGAAGAUUCAGACAAUGGGGCUGUUAUGGGAACCGACACUGCCAAAUCAUCUGAUGUGAAGAAAGCGUUAGUAUCCUGUCAUCGCUGUCUCAUAUAUCUAGGUGACCUUGCUCGUUACAAAGGCUUGUAUGGGGAGGGUGAAUCUAGAGCUCGUGAGUUUUCUGCAGCUUCAAGUUACUAUAUACAAGCUGCAUCUCUUUGGCCAUCCAAUGGGAAUCCACACCACCAGCUUGCAAUAAUGUCUACUUACUCAACCGAUGAACUGGUGGCUGUGUACCGGUAUUUUAGAAGUUUGGCUGCAGAGAUCCCCUUUCCAACGGCAAAAGAUAAUCUGGUUACCGCUUUUGAAAAGAAUCGUCAGAGCUAUACACAGCUGAUUGAGACAACAAAGAAUUCUGGUGACAGAGAAAUCAGUAUUAAGGAGAAAUAUAAAGAAUUCUGUACUCAAUUUGUCCGGCUACAUGGCAUUCUGUUCACUCGGACAAGCCAGGAAAUGUUUGCCACUGUUCUUUCUUCUGUAAAAGGAACUUUUCAGGAGCUUCUUUCUUCUGGACCAGAAGAAGAGUUGAAUUUUGGCAGAGAUGGGAUGGAAAAUGGACUUGCCAUUUUGAGGGUUGUUGCUAUCCUCAUAUAUACAAUUUAUAAUGCGAGUAAGAAGAACGAAGAUCACUCUUAUGCUGAAAUCUUACAGCACAAUGUUCUAUGUGAGAAUGCUCGUGCUCUGACUUUUGAGCUUAUGAGUCUUAUUGUCGAGAGAUCUGCACAACUCCAUGAUCCUUCGUCUAGUUUCCUUCUACCUGGCAUUCUGGUAUUUCUCGAGUGGUUGGCGUGUUGUCCAGAUUUUGCAUCUUCUACCACCAAUGAGAAAAAACCAACCGCUUCUAAAUCAUCAUUCUGGAAGCAUUGUAUAGCUUUGCUUAAUAAGCUCCUGUCCAGUCGUCUGGUUGCAGUUGACGAUGAUGAAGAUGAAGCUUGCUUUACCAACAUGACCAGGUAUGAAGGGGAGGCUGAAAGUCGACUUGCUCUGUCGGAGGAUUUUGAGUUGAGAGGUUUUUUGCCCCUUCUUCCUGCACAAAGUAUUUUAGAUUUUUCAAGGAAGCAGUCAAUUACUGUUGGUGGGAACAGUAAGGAAAAACGAACUCGAGUCAAAAGAAUCAUUGCUGCAGGCAAAGCCUUAUCAAGUUUAGCCAUGGUUGAUCACAAGUCUGUCUCCUUUGAUUCAAAGGUGAAACAAUUUGUUAUUGGAGUUCAAGUGUCUGAAAAUAUCAUGCCAAGCUCCAAUUCGGGGCCAGCUGAAUCACCUUCAACUGAGCAGGAGGUUAGUACAAUGUCGUAUGUUAAUUCUAUGUCAAUGAGAGAAAACCUUCAGCUGUCAUUUCAAGGAGAUGAUGACGAUGAAGAGAUUGUUUUCAAGCCAGCACCUGUUGAGAAGCAGAUGGAUGCCAUUGGACCAUCAUGGAUCUUUCCUGAGGAUUCAAAGCAGGGUAGGAGUACCCCACCUGCAAACAAUGUGCAGUACCAACAGCUUAUGUCAGAACGUAUCCCGCCAUCCGGCAACAUUGCUCCACAGCAUCAUCCAGUGAGGGAUUUGCCUACUUCACAAUGGCUUGCUGAACAGCAAGCUUCUCUUGCAGAUGGCUUAAAAAAAUUGAGGUUCGUGGAGAAUGGCCAUGAGUUAAAUUCUGAAUUUAAAGGAAGCUUAGGUGUCCACAAUGCUGGUUCAUUUUUGCCUCCCCAGCCAUCUGUCAGUUUUGCGGAUGCUGCUAUGUACAGUGAUUACAGGAGAGCUCCAGAAUUUAUGAAUCCUUCCAAGAUGGAUUUUGUUGCAUUUCCUGAAGUCUCUACUGAUAAUAUGGUUGUAAAGCCUCCAUCUCUGCCUUCAGCUGCAUUUAGAAGUCAAGGGGGCCGUCCUGUUAGGCAUCUUGGGCCUCCGCCUGGUUUUAGCCCAGUUCCUCCAAAACAUGUUAGCAUGUCGAUGUCGAGUGCUGCUGCAACCAAUGGGUCUUUAGUAGCUGAUGAUUACAGUUGGUUAGUUGAUCAUCACAUGCCAUCCUCAGGAAGCAGUAUAGGGCCAAAUCAUGCUAAUAAUAAUGUAUCACUUGGCAAUUCCCAGUUCUUUAGUAAUAUGAAUAGCUCAAAUGGAAAUACUGGCUUGCCAUUCCCUGGAAUGCAGUCUUCUGUUCCUCAGUUUCAAGGGGGGAAUAUGAAAAGCUAUUCAGAAUAUCAGUCUUUCAGAAAUAUGAACCCUAACCAUGGACACAAGUUGCUUGAGCAACAGAAUAUUGUGACCGGAAAUCAUCAGUUCAAUCCUCAGCCAGAGCAGUACCAAGGACAAUCCAACUGGACUGGUCAAUAUCGUGUGUGAGAUUUCAAUUUGACGGCGUGUUAUUGGUAUGGAUGGUGAGGGUCAUACCUUUGGCUGUGCAUCUCGUGCUAUUUUUUCCAAGAAGUUGAA